UUAUCCACACACAACUAAUAUGAUAUCCACCACCGUUUCCGUCCGUACACCGCCGUCACCGUUUUUCGGCACCUCCAUAUUUCACCACGAAUCACUCAGUCACAGCCUAGUUCUUCUCAAUCCCAACUGGGAUCGACAGAAAAGCCUUCCCAAUAAUAUCCGACACCAUACAUUACGGUGCAGAGUUGCCAAGGCUAAAGACCCUUCUCCAAGUUUAGAGAGUUUAGCAAGAGAACCUCACAAAUAUUUUGAUCAAGUUAUGAUAACGGUUCGUGCUGGAGAUGGAGGUCAUGGUGCCACCCUUAGUAUGCAUAACCAAAAGGCCUCUUCUAAAUCUCUGAGCAAAGAGGAUAAAGCGAAAUUGAGGAUCAAAGGUUCUUAUAAAAGGGAUUUCGAUGGAUCACUAAUUUUACCAAUGGGUGGACAUGGAGGGGAUGUUGUUAUUUAUGCGGACGAGGGUAAAGAUACGUUACUGGAGUUCCACAAUAAGGGCCGUUUCAAUGCUAAACGUGGAGGAAAUGUUGAUACAAUGGGUGGCUUUACUUCAUUAGUGAGAAAUGGCAUAGCUGCCCCUACAUUACGUAUUCCAGUGCCUCUAGGCACUGUUGUAAAACACAAACGAGGCAAGUUUCUAGCUGAUCUAGCUCGUCAUGGUGAUGAAAUUCUUGUUGCUAGGGGUGGUCAAGGAGGGAUUAGUUUGUUAGAAAUGCCAGAACAUAAAAAGAAGAAGAUGAUGGAUAUGACAACAAAUGUGAUGAGGGACAAAGACGAUAAGGUGUUGGUUAUUGGUCAACCUGGGGAGGAGGUCACCGUGCAGUUAAUACUAAGAGUUGUUGCAGAUGUUGGCCUUGUUGGACUUCCUAAUGCUGGAAAAUCAACCCUACUUUCUGCCAUAACACUUGCAAGACCCGAUAUUGCUGAUUACCCGUUCACAACUUUAAUGCCAAACCUUGGACGCCUUGAGGGGGAUCCUAGUUUGGGGGCAGGGAAAUUCUCAUCCGAAGCAACAUUAGCAGAUCUGCCUGGUCUUAUUGAAGGGGCACAUUUGGGAAAGGGACUUGGGCGCAAUUUCUUAAGGCACUUGAGGAGAACCCGAAUGUUGGUUCAUGUUGUCGAUGCAGCUUCUGAGGACCCUGUGUAUGACUACAGAACUGUAAAAGAAGAGUUAAGGAUGUACAACCCUGAAUAUCUUGAAAGGCCAUAUGUAGUGGUUUUGAAUAAGAUUGAUUUACCUGAGGCAAUGGACAGGCUUCCUUUUUUGGUUGAAGAAAUACAGAAAAUUGGAAGUGGGGAGUUCCAAGCUCAAUCCUCAUCUGAUGAAGGGGAUGUUGAAAGUUUGGCCUCAAAUGAAGAUAAAAGGAUAAAAGAAAUUGAGGAAUAUCCGCGACCUGUUGCUGUUGUAGGCGUCAGUGUCCUGAAAUGCAUGAAUAUUAGUGAACUUCUCAAGGAAAUUAGGGCAGCCCUAAGAAAAUGUCGGGUAUCUGAAGAAGCACUUUAUCCGCAAUGAAAAACAGAUACCGCUCAUGUUAGUAUCUCUAAUGCACACUUCAAUAGACCGGGCCUCUAUUUUUUAGGUGCAGAUAUAAUCAACCAGGUUAAUUAGAGAAUCAUUUUUUAGAGUUGUAGAAGUUUAACUGGGAAAUAUGCUUUAUAUCACUUAAGAUUCUAAGAAUAGUAUACCACAAUCACAAUGUAGCUUUUUUGUAACUUUUAAUACCUGUUAAAUAGAUGUGAUUAAUGUAUUA